UUACGACAUGACGUCAUAAGACUGCGCUCCUGCAUCUGCUGUGAUUCUGCUGAAGAAAGAUGGAGUUUAUUAAAGAGGAGGCGAAUGAAGAUAUAAAGAUGGUGUUUAUUAAAGAUGAGACUGAAGACAUGAAGAUUGAGAUUAAAAAACAGGAAGAGAGUGAAGAUAUAAAGAUGGUGUUUAUUAAAGAGGAGACUGAAGACGUGUUUAUUAAAGAGGAAGAGACUGAAGACAUAAAGAUGGAGUUUAUUAAAGAGGAGACUGAAGACAUGAAGAUUGAAGAAACAUUCAGUGUGAAACAUGAAGAUACUGAGGAACAAACAGACCUAAUGGCACUGAAAGAGGCAAGCCAAGAACUUAAUGAAAAAGAAGAGACAAAACAUUAUAAUUUCAUGACUGGAGAAAAAUCAUCACAGGUUUCCUCACAAAAAGGAGCUCAAAAGACAGGAACUAAAAGUUAUUUCACCUGCCAACAAUGUGGAAAGACUUUCAAACAUAAAAAAAAACUUAAAGUUCACAUGAGAAUUCACACUGGAGAAAAACCUCAUACCUGUCAAGAGUGUGGAAAGAGUUUCAGUCGAAAAGAAACCCUUAUAGCCCACAUGAGAAUUCACACUGGAGAAAAGCCUCAUACCUGUCAAGAGUGUAGAAAGAGUUUCAGUCAAAAAGGAAGCCUUAAAGUUCACAUGAGAAUUCACACUGGAGAAAAGCCUUACACCUGUCAAGAGUGUGGAAAGGGUUUCAGUGAGAAAGGAAGCCUUACAGCCCACAUGAGUAAUCACACUGGAGAAAAGCCUUACACCUGUCAAGAGUGUGGAAAGAGUUUCAGUCACAAAGCAUACCUUAAAAUCCACAUGAGAAUUCACACUGGAGAAAAGCCUUACACCUGCCAACAGUGUGGAAAGAGUUUCAGUCAUAAAGGAAGCUUUAAAGCUCACAUCAAAAUUCAUGUUAGAGAGAACCCAUUCACCUGCCAACAGUGUGGAAAGAGUUUCAGUGGAAAAGGAAAACUCAAAAUCCACAUGAGAGUUCACACUGGAGAAAAGCCCUUCACCUGCCAACAGUGUGGAAAGAGUUUCAGUGAGAAAGGAAACCUUACAGCCCACAUGAAAAUCCACACUGGAGAAAAGCUUCACACCUGCCAACAGUGUGGAAAGAGUUUCAGUCGAAAAGAAGGCCUUAUAGCCCACAUGAGUACUCACACUGGAGAAAAGCCUUACACCUGCACUCUGUGCGGGAAUGGCUUCACGCAGGAACGAAGCCUUAGGGAACACAUGAAUAUUCACACUGGAGAGAAGCCAUUCGCCUGCCAACAAUGUGGAAAGAGUUUCAUUAGAAAAGCAAGCCUUAAAGCCCACAUGAGAAUUCACACUGGAGAGAGCCCAUUCACCUGCCAACAGUGUGGAAAGAGUUUCAUUAGAAAAGAAGGCCUUAUAGCCCACAUGAGCACUCACACUGGAGCAAAGCCUUACACCUGCACUCUGUGCGGAAAUGGCUUCACACAGGAACGAAGCCUCAGGCAACACAUGAAUAUUCACACUGGAGAGAAACCUUUUAAAUGUGAUCAGUGUGGAAAGACUUUCACACAUAAAAUGAGCCUUUAUUACCACAUGAGAAUUCACAAUUGAGAAAAGCCUCAUACCUGCUAACAGUGUGGAAAGAGUUUCAGACACAAAGGAAACCUUAUAGUACACAUGAGAACUCACACUGGAGAAAAGCCUUAAGCCUCGUUUACACUACACACUGCUACUCAAGAUUAAAUACAAAAUAAAGUCAAAAUAAUCACCCUGAUUUAACUCCUUUAAAACUUGACAUUUGUUUGUUCUUGUCAUCCAUAACUGGACUUUUUUUGUAUGUAUUGUGUAUUAACUUUGUCUAUAGGCUACGGCGAAAUAAAGUAUGACAUAUCACAAUCAAUCAAAUAUACAAAUAUAAACAUUUAGCCAUUAAAAACAGAUAAGGACGAGAGAGGACCAGGCCUGGACUUUAUUUUAUGUUUGGUUAUGUUUGUGUGGCCAGCAGACGUUGUAACGGUCACUUAGAGCAUUUAUAGUAAUUUGAGGUAGAAUGUGAGGUUUUCCAGGCAGGACAACUAGCUCGCUGGCCGCGGAGAGCGCGUGGAAUUCAGUUGAUGGACAUGCAAUCGCGUUUCGCGGAUUUUCUGCUGUUCUUUAAAGACUCUUACGAGAUCGACUGGAGCUGCAAGUAGUGCAGGUGAACUUUAUGUUGUUUUAUUUCGUCUAGAUAGUCAUAUUUUUCAGUGGGACUGACAGUUUAUUGUUCCUUGAAUUCAGUACUUUGUUUGAAAAGACUUAAGACAGAAGAAAACACUUGGAAUAUUUAUUUUAAAUUUUUUUUCUUCUUCCACUUUGAAAAACGGACAUUUGUUUUUGCCGGAUUGGACAUUUUUUUGAGGCAACUACACAAUACUUUACCGUACGACGUCAUGUUUUUUUUUCUUCUUCAUCUCUUCAUGUGGCCUGAUACUUUGUCUAAUAAAAAACUGUCAUUGGUUUUGUCAUUAAGUUUGUAUUGUAUUUUGUGCACCUUCUCUGAGUUAAAUUGUUAUAUUGUUUUAACAGAGACUGUACAGGUGCACAUUAAUAUUUCUUCAGCAGACAAACAGGUUUGAUGUACUGUAUUGUGCUUAUUUCCUGAUUGAUUCAUUGUAAACAGUGCAUCUGCAUAUAA